AUGGAUCCUGGUUUGAUAAAGAAAUCAGGGAAGAAAGCAUUUGCAAUAGGCAUUUCAGUUGUCAUGGUCUCUCUGCUUCUAUCUAGACUUGCCUUCUUCUUGAUAGUAAAAUCGAUAAACCCAAAUCCUACAAUGACUCAUUCCCUCCCAUUUGUUGGAAUAGCUGAAGCUAUGAUCUCUUUCCCUGUCAUUGCUCACUACCUCACUGAGCUCAAGAUUGCGAAUUCAGACUAUGGACGUUUAGCUAUGUCGUCGUCCAUGAUCAGUGGCCUCUUUUCUGCGGGCUUGUUGACAUCCAUUUCACUCUUCAAGCCAGGCCCCCACACAGUUGAAGACACAGUCUUACACUACUUGGAAAAGAUCGCCGUAACAGUGUUGUUGAUAGGAGUUAUCUUACUUGUGUUUCGGCCCACAUUGUUGUGGAUGAUUCGAAGGUACUCGACAGGGGAGAAUGUGAAUCAAGUGUUCAUCCUUGGCGUACUUGUGACGGUCAUGAUGAGUGGGUUUAUCAGUGAACACAUAGGUCAGCAUGUAAUCUUGGGGCCUUUGCUUGUGGGUAUGGCUAUACCUGCUGGACCACCUCUUGGAUCAGCUCUGGUGAAGAGACUUGAACUUAUUAUAAUGUGGAUGCUUAUGCCACUAUAUCUUGUCAAGAAUGGAUUGUGCAUUGAUGUCUUCGCCAUUAGUUUCAGCGAAUUCGCCAUUGUUGAAAUUGUCAUCCUCUCCAGUUGCUUAGGGAAAUUUUUUGGGGCUUUUUUCCCUUCCCUCUAUUUUAGGAUGCCUUUGAAGGAUGCUCUUUCAUUAGGCCUCAUUAUGAAUGUCCAAGGUGUUCUUGAGGUUACCGUCUACAGAAUGAUGAACAGAAAGAAGCUUAUAGAUAAGAAUUCCUUCAUGGUGAUGUGCAUAUCUAUGGUGGUCAUUACAGGGGUCAUCACCCCCCUAAUAAGAGCAGUCUAUGAUCCAUCUAGAAGGUAUGUCGCCUACAAAAGAAGAACCAUUCUACAGUUAAAGCCCAACGCAGAGCUACGUGUACUGGCUUGUAUCCACAAUGGAAAUCAUAUCCCAGCCAUGAUGAACCUUAUUGAAGUUUCCAACCACUCUCAACUGAACCCAAUUGGUGUUUACGUCCUUCACCUUGUGGAACUUAUUGGUCGCUUAACCACACUCCUCAUCUCCCAUGAUGAAAGAUACAAAACCCCACCUUCAAAUGUAGGAACCCUCUCUGAACGAGUAGUUGUAGCCUUUAGAAAUUAUGGUAAGAAUCAUACAAGUAGCCUUACUGUGCAGUCUUUCACCUCUAUCUCUUCCUAUGAAACUAUGGGUGACGAUGUUUGUACACUAGCACUCAAUAAGAGGGUUACCCUCAUAAUUAUUCCUUUUUAUGAGCAAUGGACUUGUAGUGGUGUCCUAUUAGGAUCAUCUCCAUGCCGUAUGAGAUCCAUGAAUUCCAAUGUUCUCGAUAAGGCCCCUUGCUCUGUAGCUGUCCUUGUUGAUCAUGGUCGCUUGAGAAGUUACAAGCAUUCGAAAGAAUUCUAUGUUGCUGUGUUCUUCUUGGGUGGAGCUGAUGACCGAGAGGCACUUGCAUAUGCAGCACGAAUGUCUGAGAAUCCUAAGGUUAACCUCACAGUGAUCCGUUUCCUCCCACUCCUACAGGAAGCUUCAGUUAAUGGUGACGAUUACAUGAAGGAGACGAAAUUGGACAACAUUGUUGUGGCUGAUUUCAGGAUUAAGAUGGUGGGUAAUAAGCGAGUCACAUACAAGGAAGAGGUGAUCAACGAUGGUGUGAUGACUGUCAAUUUUAUUCGAUCUAUGGAGAGUGAUUACCAACUUAUAAUGGUGGGUAGACGACAUGACGAGCAGUCACCACUCAUGGUGGGACUUGCAGAAUGGAACAACGAGGAGACUAAGUUGUUAGGACCAAUUGGAGAUUACUUGGCAUCGCCAGAUUUCAGAGGGAAUGCUACGGCUUUGGUGGUGCAACAACAGACCAAUGCAGUUCAAGGCUCUCCUGAUGACAACCUUGAGAAUCUGAUACCUUAUGAGCUGGUUCGAGUGAAUCACGAUUUGUUCAAGGAGGAUGAAACAUCAGAAGCUGUUUUAAUUCAGAAAUCAUAA